ACCGCAGCGGCUGCCGGGCCGUGCCCAGCCCAGCCGGGGCAGCCGGGACUCGGCGUGGGCAGCCCGGGGCGCUCCGGGAGCCCCGGCGGCUGUGCAGGGCUGCGGGGACAAAUCCUGCGGGGACAAACCCUGCGGGGACAGACCCUGCGGGGACAAACCCUACGGGGACAAACCCUGCGGGGACAAACCCUGCGGGGACAAACCCUGCGCGACCCUGCUCCGGGGGCAGCUGCGGAGCUCUGUGCCCCGGCCCCGGGCAGAACUACAUCUCCCGGCGGGCUGCGGAGCGAGAGCACGGCCGGGCCGGGCCGGGGGCGGCCCCGGAGGCUCGGCAGGCUCGGCAGGCUCGGGAGGCUCGGGAGGUUCGGCGGUGCCCGCUCCGGCCCGGCCCGGCAGGCGAUCCCGUGUGUCCCAGCCCGCGGGCGCUGCGCCGAAGGUCCGUAAAUGCCAGAGAUGUAAAGAGAUGUAGAAAGUUCCGCAGCUGCUGCUCGGCGGAUGCCUAACAGGGAAUUGUUCGAGUGUGAAUAACGCAGCGGGUCUGCUGCGGACUUCGUGUUGAUUUCGGGAACAGGAAGGCCCCAAUCUGCAUUCCUGGCAUUAUGCUGCUCGAGGUGUUACUGGUCCUGGGGACAGUCCUCAUCUACUUCCUAUUUUCCAAGAAGAAGGAAGAGACACUGCCCUUCAAGGAUGGGUGGUGGGGCAGGGGCCAAAAGCCAGCGACUACAGAGGACUCAAGUAUUCGGCCAUUCAAGGUGGAGACCACAGAGGAAGAGCUGAGUGAUUUAUUUAGGAGACUUGACCAGGCUCGAUUCACUGAGCCACUGGAGAACAGCUGCUUCCAGUAUGGAACUAACUUGGUGCAUCUCAGGAAGGUUGUGUCCUACUGGAAAAACCAGUUCAAUUGGAAGAAGCAAGUUGAAGUCCUCAACAAGUACCCACAAUUCAAAACAAAGAUUCAAGGCAUUGAUAUCCAUUUUGUUCAUGUAAAGCCUCCUCACUUGCCUGAAGGCCAGGCUGCAAAGCCACUAUUAAUGGUUCAUGGUUGGCCCGGCUCAUUUUACGAGUUUUACAAAAUUAUCCCUCUCCUGACGGAUCCUGCAAGCCACGGCCUCGGCAAUGAGCACAUUUUUGAAGUCAUUUGCCCAUCUAUCCCUGGUUAUGGUUUCUCAGAAGCACCCCACAAGAAAGACUUCAAUUCCGUGAGUGCCGCUUCUGUUUUUUAUGAACUGAUGCUCAGACUGGGAUUCAAUGAGUUCUACACCCAGGGUGGUGACUGGGGCUGGCUCAUCUGCACCAACCUGGCCCAGAUAGCUCCCAACCAUGUGAAAGGUCUCCAUUUAAAUAUGGUCUCAGUUUCGAAGCUGGGACUCUCUCAGCUGCUCUCCAUCCUGCUGGGCCGGUACUUCCCAGGGCUCUUCGGAUUCCAGGAUGAAGAUGUCAGGAGGAUGUUCCCCUUCCUGAAAAAAGGCCUCUACAGGAUCUUGUCUGAGUCUGGCUACGCUCACAUACAGGCUACAAAGCCGGAUACUGUUGGCUGUGGUUUGAAUGACUCUCCUGUGGGACUGGCUGCAUACAUCUUGGAGAAGUUUUCUUCGUGGACUGAUAUGGAAUUCCAGAAUCUAGAGGAUGGAGGACUAGAGAGGAAGUUCAGCCUGGAUGAUCUGCUCACCAAUAUCAUGAUCUACUGGGUGUCAGGCUGCAUCGUCUCCUCCAUGCGUUUCUACAAAGAAAAUUUGCAGAAAGGGAUAGGCACACAGAAACAUGAAAAGCUCACAGUACAGGUACCCACUGGCAUUGCCUCCUUCCCUAAUGAAAUCCUGCACACACCUCAGGCUUGGGCCAAGAAGAAAUACACCAACAUCAUCUCCUUCCACCUCAUGCCUCGAGGUGGCCAUUUCGCAGCUUUCGAGGAACCUGAACUUCUUGCUAAAGAUAUUCUGCAAUUUGUUGACAAAGUAGAGAAAGAGCAGCUCUGGAAAAAGAAAGGGGAAUAACUUCCCUAAGAAACAGCAGGGUAAUUACUUUUAGCUUAGCACAUGUACAGGGCUUACUGAGUUUACUGUAAUCCCUGGAAUUAGAUCUUACUGUUGACCAGAUGUGAGCAAGGACACAAAGAAAAAUGCAGUGUAUCUCCAUGAGAUACUGCCAUGGGGACCAAUGGAUUUUGGGUUGGGCUUUUUUUUUUUUUUUUUUUUUUUUUUUUUUUUUUUUUUUUUUUUUUUUUUUUUUUUUUUUUAAUUCAGCUAGGCUAAGAAAAUAGCAUGAGGAGUAUCUGGGUGUCUUCUAAAACAUAUUCUGUAGUAUUCUUGACUCUUGCUUUGAGAUUGAAAAGUAGACAUCACAGCUACUAACAUACCUAGUAACAGUUUAAUUGUUAUGAAUGGCUUUUUUUUUUUUUUUUCAUGGCAGCAGUAAAAUUUGAGUUGCUGUGGGUAUGAAGUUCCUCACAUAAAGAGUGGGGAGCAGCCUGGCAGGACUUAACUUGCAUGAGUGCAUAAAUCAGCACUGAUCCACAGAAUCUCUAAACUGCCUUCUGCUGGCUGCCUGUCUCUUCCAGCCUGGGCUGUAAAGCAGCUUCCUGGCUGUGAAGAAGCUGGACUGCCCUGUGCCAGGCUCCUGGGAUAUGUGAGGAGCAGCUGAAACACACAGGUGCCUGUAGCUCAGUGCAGGAGGAGGGGCUGGAUAGGAGUAACUACAGCCCCAGCUACCUCUGCACUGAAUUUGUACUCUUAAAUCAUAGCCCUAGGUAGGCUCAACACACUGUGGCUUUGCACUGCUUUGGCAGGAUGUUGCAAAUACCUCUUAUAAAGAAUAAAAACCUGAUCAAUUCAAAAUUAAAAGGAAAAGUGCAUUAAAUUUUUGAAUAACUCCUGUGUGAUUCUUGUAACAACUGAGAUUUUGCUUGGUACCAGUUAAGAGAAACAUCAGUUCAGAACCUAUCAGUUCUGUACUGCUUCUCUCACAAAGGUCAGAUUGAAAGCAAACUGCUCAAAGAAAAUUGAAGGGCUGUAUGGCUUUACCAGCUCCUGUCCCUAGUGUUUGCAGCUGAGCUUCAAAGAGCUUCAAACCAUCUCCAGAUGACUGAUUUCAGUGUGGUUUUGUUCUCCAGUCACUUCUGAUGUCCUUCUCCACUUCUGAAAGCACAGGGAAAUACAAUCUAUCAAUAACACUUGCAUGGAUUAGUAUUAUUUCACAAUAUUAAUUGAAAUGGAAGCUAAGAUCAGAAGCUCAGCAGAUCCCUGCUCCAUGCCACAAGGCUUUAGACUCAAACUAUGUGAUAUGCUCAUUUCACAGGAGGCAAGAGGACUCUCCUGCUGGGCCCAUUCAAAUCCUAGUGCUGACAGUCACCACCAACCCUGACAGAAAAUCAUUAGGGCAGAUGGGCUGUGGAGCAGCCUGGAUCAAUUUUCUGAGCAGAGAUGAGACCUCUUGCUGCCCUUCCUCUGCCUGCUGCACCUGGGUGCCAGUAGAGUAAGGCAGAGGGGCUCUCAGGUCUCCCUACUAGAUUUGAUCCUCAAGCUGUUCUUGAGUUCUUUAAGACAGGUGCCUGCUUCCACAAUAGUAGUGAGCACUAAUUCCAUGUUUACUUGUAAAUGCUUUCAUUCAGUCAAAAUCUGUGUUCACAUUUGCAAAAUGU